AGAUCACAGUGCUGUGAUGGAUGGAAUGAGAAUGUGACGUGGGCAGGGUUUGGUGUGUACCCAAUGUGUGCAAGCAGACAGAAAGCACCACAGGGUGUGGUAGGGUGGGGGACAACACAGCGGGCAAGUUAGCCUAGAACCCUUUCCUUCUGGUCGCAAACGCCGAGCUGUCAACAUCGCUAGCACUAGAGAAAGAAACUUGAUUCGAUUUUUGAUCAAGUAAGACCUAGAGGUCACGUUGAACAAAAUCAUCAUCAGGGGAGAUAAUAAAAAGGUACAAACAGAACACCGAACUCGUAGAUUAGGCCUACAUCAUCAUUUCCCUUGAGUUUAUGACUGGAUCCCUUAUAACGAGAAUCCUGCUAAAACGGACAUUUCGCACAGGAUUCCACUGUAACACCAAUUCAAAUUUUUUCUGUUUCGCAAAUUCAGGAAUAUCUAGAGAAAACUGCUGCAAUAAUCAGGGAAGAGCUCACAGAUCGAUGUGAUCCCACCUGGAGCAAAAAUGUAGGCCCUACCCACCCUGCGAGUGAUGUAAUUUUAGGCAGAGAGCUCAGACGCGAGUUUGAUGUUUCGGGAAAACAAACGCGUCGGUCAGUUCACACUUCGGAGUGAUCCCGUCUGGGGCAAACAUUGUACCAUUUCAUAGAGUGUUACAACGCUUAUGUGAUCACAUUCACGAGAGUCGCUGAUCUUUGAAGCAACUGGCAGUUCAUCAAUGUCAACUUUUCACUCUUGGCUGUGCCCGACCACGUUUUUGUUCAGUAAAUUAUGAUCUGAAAUGCGGGAUCUUAGCCGACUGUAGACCUUCAGAGCCUACAAACUGAAAUGGAUGAGAUUUCUCCAGAGGGAGAGAUUAUCAAAGGCAACAGAGAUGUACAAGAUCUAGAUCCUUUGAAGCAAGAGGAUGCUUUUUCAAAGAAGAAAAAGAAACGGAAGCCCCUUAAGGAACAGCUAAAAGAUCCUAUCUACAAAAAGAAGCUUAUAAAUUCUUUGUGUAUUUCCCUUGUUUUUCUUACUUUGGGCAUGUGUAUUGGUAUGCAUGGCCCAACUUUUUUAGACCUUCAGAUCAUCACCAACACAGAUGUAGAGAGAGGGGCUGCAUUUUUUACUGCUGGAUCUAUUGGUUACUUCAUCGGAUCCGUGGCCACUGGAGCUGUAUAUAACUAUGUGAGCCAGAGUUUAUUACUCUUCAUAGGAUCAACAUUUCUAGGGGUGGUCUGCUGUAUAACUCCAUACUGCUCCCCAUACGCUUUGAUGAUUUUUAUCCGUGGUGCUGGGGGUGUGGCUUGUGGCUUUGUGGACACAACUGGAAAUGCAAAUCAUAUGCAGAUCUGGGGAAAUGAAGGUCAAGUACUGAUGCAACUACUCCAUUUUUGCUUUGCCCUUGGAGGCACCAUCUCUCCCUUGUAUACAGAGCCCUUCCUCGCGCCCAAGGAAGACGAGGAAAAUUCAAGUACAGUCAGUUUGAACAUGAUUACAGUUACAACUGUUGGUCCAUUGAAUGCUAGCUCCAGUGGAUACGGCAUUUUACCUCCGAGUAGGAACAGCUCACAGAACUUCAAUUUGACAUCACCUUCUGUGGGAACUGAGAGAACGACUCAUGUUGCCUAUGCUUUUCUCAUAACAGGAAUAUUAUGUGUUGCAUCAGCCAUACCAUUUCUGGUAAUUUAUGUUAAAGAGAAACUGAAAGAAAAAAAGAAAGGGAAGACUGCUGAGGAGACUCUAACACAACGUGACCUACCUCGCCCGGUUCUAGUGUUUGUUCUAGUCACUGUGUGCGCUUUUUAUUUAGUGUACUGUAGCGUAGAAGACACUUUUGCUUCUUUCCUCAUGACAUUUCUUGUAAAACAGUACGAUUUUGUAUCCAAAUCCAAGGGAGCUUAUAUAACAGCGUUUUACUGGGCUUCUUUUGCUGUGUCCAGAUUUUUAAUGAUAUUUUUGUCAAAAAUACUAAGUCCUGUGAAAUUGCUAACACUUUGCUGUAGUCUCAUGGUUGUGUCAUUUGCUGGAUUUUAUAUCAGUGCUACGUUUAGUGCCAUCAAGGCUCUCACUUUUUUUGCAGUGCUGGCAGGAUUUAGCAUGUCAGCUGUCUUCCCAUCAGGCUUUUCGUGGACAGAGCAAGAACUGUUGAGAGUGACCGGUCGUGUUUCUUCCUGCAUUUUACUCUCUGCUUGUUUGGGCACUAUGGCUAACCCCAUGUUAUUGGCUUAUCUCAUGGAAGAAUUUUCCAAUAUGUGGUUCUGUUACCUUUUAGUAAAUCAGACUGUCCUGUUGUGCGUUCUGUUUAUAUUUUUGCUGAUUUUCAAUAGGUGCUACCUGAAUGUAAGGUAUGGAAAACUACAAAUGACACCAGAUAUCACUAUUGAUGUGGAGCUUGAAAUAAAUCAACCGUUAAGUUCUGAGAACUUGGGCAAAGUACAAAAUUGUGUUGACCCAUUGGAUGAAAAGAUCCGUUAAUGUUUUGUGAUACUUAUGAGUCUUUCUUUUUUUGUUUUGUUGGGGAAAUAAGAGUACUGUCGGUGAAAUUGUUUUAAUGCUGUCAACUGCAGUAUUAAUAUUUAUGUUUCAAAAUCUUUAAUUUAUGCAAGCUUUGUGCCAUAUUUUAGUGGCAUUUCAUAAUGUUAGACGAAGUUUAACAUAUUGUCAAUUGCAUUUAGCUCUAGUUCAUUUUUUGUCUUUUAAAGAUUUAAACAUUUUCAUUUUUUAGAUUGUGUGAGGGUCUGUGGAAUAGUCCAAACGUAAUAAACUUUCUGCAGAUAUCUUUUUGAUAACAUCUUCAUGCUACUUGGAAUGAGUUUGCUGCAAAUAUUUUUUAAAGAAUAUACAAAGACACUACUGUGAUUUGUUUUGCCAAAAAAUCCAUGAUUUUCAUAUUCACAUAAUGUAACAGACGAGGUAUCUGUGAUAGCCCUUUUUAUCUUUCGGUUCAGUUUUAUGACUCGUAAACCUGAGCCCCCUAAAUGCAAAGGGCCUUACUCUGUUUAGCACUCAGGAUGAGAAAAAUGAAGAACAAGAAAAGUGCAUUGCAUUUUUUCUUUUUCAAAGAGUUUUAAACAUUUUUUUAAAAACAACUAGUCGCUACUUUUCUUAUUCCUACUUCAAAGUACCAUUUGGCAGUGUGACUUAGUAUGAUGUGUAUGUAAUACAGUAGUCUCCGCCUAAAAGCACGCUCCGCUCAAAUGCAUGCUUUCAUCGUCUGACAGGUUUUUUUACUAUAUAAUUUAGACUACAAACGCACAGUCACUUCCUCUAAACGCACGCUCCCAUCCGUGAAACACGCCGACAGGUAAAGCUUGAAAACGGGGAAUUUCCACUACAGCUACAACCUGCACAGCUUGCAUUAGACAAGCAUAGAAAACCGGAUAUUUGGUGAGACUGCCCCUCUCGCCGAACAAAGAGAGCGAUGGACAGCAUUUUCACACCCAACUUUCCACAGACACAAAGGUCUAGAUCUCGGUCUAGGGCUGGUCGGUGAAAUGUUGGUGAGGAGGGGACUGAAUUGUUUUUUGAUUGGUCACUGGGAAUGCAUCGUUGAGAAAAG